CAUUCAUUCAUUCAGUGAAUCACUGCCGUGAUCCUGGCCUGACUGGCCACGAGGUGGGUGGCCAUGGGUGUCUCAAAUCACCCAUACGUGGUCACCAUAGCGGCGGUGGCUUUAUCCGCCCCUCCGCGCCUCCCUCUUCGCCUCUCGCGACGCCCACAGCACUCGCCACUCUCUCGCGACUAGGGGAACUUGGAUCCGAACUUGGAUCUUGGAUCCUGGAUUCUGGGCAGCCCCGGGCUCGCGCCAGCCGUCCCUUUCCCCCCUUGGAUCUGCAACCAACCACCAUGCCGGCGACAGCAGAUCUCGAGCAGCCAUCGUCUCUGCUGCCCCUCCUCGCUGGCGCCACCGCCGGCGUCGUCUGCCUCGUUGGCCUCGAGGAGGUUCUCCGCCUGCAGCGCAAGAAGCCCGCCAAUGCGUCAUCGAGCGUCGGUGGCAAGCAAGGUGGGCGACCGGACGUCCUGCGCCAGGUCACGCCAGAGGAGAAGGACAAGCUGUGCGAGGUGCCCCGUGUGAAGCUCACACCUAUGGAGGCAUUUGAUGCGCUGCGCUCGGGGAAAGACCCGCACCUGUAAGUAGUUAGUAAGACAGCAAGCAGCGGCCUCGUUCGUAUGCAUGGAUGGCGUUUGUGUGAGUGUCAGGACCGAGAAGUGGCGUGACGAGCUCGACAGCGACGUCUUCUUUGUGCAGCUGCCCCUCGGCAAGCGCAUUUAUUUCAUCACCGACACGACCUGCUGGGACACACUUAUCGGACCCGCCGGCCUCGAGAAAUCCCACUUUCUUCGGCAGCUCGAUCUGUUCGGGGAAGGCCAGAUGACGCGCACGCGGAGCAUCCUCACGCGCAAAACCAGCGGAGAGGGAUGGCACGCGAUCCGAAAGGCCCUCGCCCCGGCCUUCUCGUACGUAUGCCUUGCGUCCACAUUGACAGACAGACAGACAGACAGAUGAGGACGCAUAAUGGGCUGGCUGCAUUGGAUGUGCCUGCUUGUUUGGUUUGCUCGUUCAGCAACAAGUGCUUGGUGGCCAAGACGCCCAUCUACCACCGAGUGCUGUCUAGCUUCUGCAAGGCCCUCGACGACGCUGCCGACAAAGGCAUGGUCGUCAACAUGCCCGAGUGGGGGCUGCGGUACACCAUUGACAUGAUCGGGGAGGUCGCAUACAAGUACCCACACCACACCACACCACACCCACACACGCACAGGAUCAGCCAACACAGAACGGCUCGGCUCAUGUGUCGAUGGUCUGUAUGUGUGUGUGUCAGUUACAAGUUCCACGCCUUCGACGACGAGCGCAAUGGCGAGGCCAAGGCCCUCCUCCGCGCCAUUGACGUGAUAUUCCGUGAGACCCGUUACUCGAACGUCAACCCAUUCCGGUGCGCCAACCGCCCUGUGUGUGUGUUUGCAGCCGUCACUCUCUCUCUCUCUCUGUGUGUGUGUGUGUGUGUGCAGGCCUUACAUGGUCUGGUGCAGUGAGGUGCGCGAGUAUUACCAAUCCAUCCGGCUCUUCCGCGACGUGUGCCGCAAGAUAUACCGCCAGUUUCUCGACACCCCACCGGACAAACAAGACGUGGGUGGAGUGAGGCUCAGCGCUCGCUGCGCUGACAAUCGCACGCAGCAGAGUGUCUUCGAUGGUGUGGUUGGUGUGUGGCCAGGCCACGUCGAUCAUCUCGUAUAUCCACAACAAUCCUGGCUACCAGUGUGAGUUCGAGAAGCUCUGCGAUAUCUACAACCUCCUCUGGGCCGGGUAAGUGGGUGGGCACCACACACACACAUGCACUCGAAUGAAUGCAUCCACUAUGGUGCCGUCGUGUGUGUGUGUGUGUGUGUCUGUCCCAUCCAUCCAUCCAUCCAUCUAGGCACGACACGACUGGCUACACAAUCUCUUGGGCUGUCUAUCACUUGUCCAGCAAUCCCCGUGUCCUCAAGAAACUCCAACAGGUAGCUCAGAGCACACACACACUCACACACAACACGACGGGGCAGGCAGACAGAGCGACCCCUGCAAGCAAGAUGAGAUGCAGGCGGCAGGCCUUGAUGCGCUCGUUCGUGUGUGUGUGUGUGGAGUACAGGAGCUGGAUGCGGCCACGUUUGCGGAGGAGCUUCCCUCGUACGACGAGCUGAACCACCUGCCCUACUUCAACGCCUGUGUCAAAGAAAUCAUGCGCAUGUCAGCAACCAACCACAAAACACACCGAGAUCGAUCCAUCCCUAAUCUCUUGUUUGUGUGUGUGUGUGUGUGUGCAGCUCUCCCGUCGUGAGCAACGGCACCCGACGGCAGACAGAGAGCGGCUUCAAGGUCACCUCUCGUGGCGUGGACUACUGGAUCCCGGGCGGCUAUCAGAUGCUCGCACCGUUGUUCGCCCGCGUCAGGGACGACCGAAUGUAUGCCAGCGACCGGGGGAGCAGACACACGACACGCAUCAAGGGAACAAGUGCUUUGUCCACUGCCUUCUUGUCGUCUGUGUCUGUGUGUGUGUGUGUGUGUGUAAUGGCCUUAGUUGGGGCGAUGGCAAGGUGUUUCGACCGGAGCGAUGGCUUGAGGCCUCCGAGGAGCAGCUGACGGUCUACAACAAGCUGUUCCAGCCCUUCAGCAUCGCCCCAAGAUCUUGGUGAGUAAGAGCGUGCGACGGUCCAACACAUUACAUCAGAUCAGAUCACACCUCUCUGGCUGGCCUGACUUGGCUGGCACUCUCUCGUCCGUCGGUUUGUUUGUGCAAUGCAGCAUUGCCCAACACUUGGCGCUGAUUGAGGUAACUCCGCACAGCUGCAGGGGGGACAAUCGCUGCACACAGACAGAACGAAAUGGUAGCGGUGUGGUGUGUGGUCUCCCUCUCUCUGGGGCUCUUCAGGUUCGCAUGACAAUCGCGGCCCUGUUCAAGGGUUAUGAGUUCGAGAUCACGACAGAGCCGGAGUUUUUCUACUCGAUCACGUGACUGACUGACUCGCACACACAUACACACCACAAAUGGCCUGCCAUUCCUUCCCGCGUGUUGUGUGUCCUUCCUCGUGUCGUGUCUGUGUGUGCAGCUACAAGCCCAGAGGCCUUAUGGUCAAGCCCAUCAAGCGGUCAUGAUCCGGCACAAACCCACACAGGCAGAAGGUUGCAGACAGACAGAUGAGAGAUUGGUUUUUCUACCAAAUGUCGACCUACCUGUGUCGCUGUGCAUGCUGUAGUUUUCGAUUGCUGCGAUCCUCUCUCUGUUGUGUUGGUGUUCCGUGUGCCCUUUUUGCCCUUUUCGUGGACCGAUCGAAUCGCUGACCACUUCUUAUUUUUGUGUCGGUCGUCUCGCUCAUCAACCAAUCAAUGUGCAGGCCCUCUUUUUGGGCCAUCCAUCCAUUUUAUCGCCGUGUGCGCGUAGCGGGUGCGUGUGAGGGGAUGUGUGAUGUGUCCACGGCUGGUUUGUAGUUUUUCCUCUCAUCAAUCAAUCAGUGUGCGUGAGCGCGAUGAACGAAUGUCGUUUUUGUCUCUCGCCAUCCGUCGUGUGUGUCGAUCUAAACAUAUAUUGACCGUCCGGUUGACUUCUCUCUCCGUCAAUCGUUGCCUGCGGUGCCUGCUGAAUCUCUCUCUCUCUCUCUGUGUGUGUGUCUGUCUGUGUGAGCCUGUCUGUGUGUGUGAGGGUGCGGGUGUUUUUUGCCAUCUCAAGUGUCGCCCUGGCUGGUCAAUCAGAGCAGCGGCACUCCUGCUGUGGGUGGGGGAGCGACUGGAAAAGGUCAGGGACUUCCUGUGGCUCCGACAGAUCGAUGGCCUGUCAAUGUGACAGAGAGAGUGAGUGCAUCUUGGUGCUGGGAUGUCUAUGGCCCGAAGUGCAUCGUUGCAUGAGAGCGAGGUGUGUGUGUGUAUGUUGGCUGAAAUGCUGCCCGACCACGAUGUCCGAACCUUCCGCAAAUUUAAGAUGACUGCGAGAACUGCUGCGUCUCAACAAGACAAGU